AACGCAUUAAUAUAGGAUAAAUUUUGCCCUUCCUCCAGCGUGGCCGUGUGGCCUAAUGGAGAAGGCGUCGGACUUCGGAUCCGAAGAUUGCAGGUUCGAGUCCUGUCACGGUCGCUGAGCGAGAAGCUUUUUGUUUUGUUUUGUUGCCAUGUGAACUACGAGGGUGCGAUAGCUGCUGUCGUCUCUUUCUCUCCAUGGUUACCGGUCUUUAUUAUUAUUGAUAUUGGUUUGUUUGUUGCUGCCCCAUUUCUUUUUCCACUUGUUUCGAGAACGUGCGCUUUCAUCAGAACUGUAUCAUUUUACUAACAUCUUUUACAAUUACUUUACAAAAUGGCAAUAGCCAAAGCUACCACCAUCAAAGAAGCUCUCAAACGACUCGAAGAUCGUACUAAAACAAAUUCAUGCGAUGAGAAAGAGAUUGACCUCUGCUUCCAGUGGCCUCCAAUAGAAAAAAUGGAUACCACCUUCUCAACGCUGACGGCAUGCCAAAAAUUAUCGCUAUCCACCAAUAUGAUUGACAAAAUCUAUGGACUAAGCGGCAUGAAGAACCUACGGGUGCUUUCACUGGGACGCAAUUACAUCAAAGCGAUUUCCGGCCUUGAAGGAGUCAGUGAUACGCUGGAAGAACUCUGGAUUAGCUACAACCUAAUCGAAAAACUGAAAGGCAUCAGUGUGCUCAAGAGGUUGAAGGUGCUGUACAUGAGCAACAAUCUGGUCAAAGAUUGGGUCGAGUUCAACCGUCUGGCCGAUUUGCCCAUGCUGGAAGACUUGCUCUUUGCCGGCAAUCCACUGGUGGAGUCGAUGGAAGAGAGCAUUUGGCGGGCGGAGGCAAGCAAACGGUUGCUUCCGCUGAAAAAACUCGACGGUGAAACGGUUAUUCGUGAGGACGCUGAGUCGCAGAAUCAGCAGGGCGUUGGACAGCCGGAGAAAUAAGCAGCGCAUUAUUUGUGUUUUAUUAUUCUUCAAUAAAACCACCCACUUUACAAUUAUUACCACACGUUAUGUAUUACGAUCCUGUAAGACCUCGUUCAGCAGUUCUCCUUCUUAUCCGCUUCCUCUGUCUUCUCUUCUUCAGCGUAGUUUUCCGUUUUCAUGUCGUUCAAACCCAACUCCUCGUUUUGAUCGUAUG